GGGACCGAUGCCCUUGGCCAUGAUGCAGCCCCAACUGCUGUCUGCUCAGGUGCAGCCUGCGUGACUGAGCCACUGCUGCUCCAGCUAUUUCACGUCACCGUUCCCUUUACUGAACAGUUUGAUGGGGCGCCGGGCGGAUGACAGCGGGAACGGUUGUGAUCACUGGCGGAAUCCUAGCGACGGUGAUCCUCCUCUGCAUCAUUGCAGUCCUGUGCUACUGUAGGCUCCAGUAUUACUGCUGCAAGAAGAGUGAAACCGAGGAUGCAGACGAAGAGGAGGAGCAGGAGCACGACCUCCCCGCACUUCCCAGGGGCUCCAGCUGCAAUGCCUGCAGCUCCCAAGCCCUGGACGGCAGAGGCAGCCUGGCGCCCCUCACUGGCGAGCCCUGCGGCCGGCCCUGCGGGGUGGCAGGGAGCCACUGCACCGCCUGUUCCCCACACGGCUCCCCCUUUUACAUUCGGACGGCUGACAUGGUGCCCAAUGGGGGUGGAGGCGAGAGGCUCUCCUUUGCUCCCACAUACUGCAAUGAGGGGGGACCCUCAUCCCUCAAAUUGGCAGCGCCCCAGGGUUACCCGGUGACCUGGCCGGGAUCCGGGCGCGAGGCCUUCACAAAUCCAAGGGCUAUUAGUACAGAUGUGUAAACCCUUCCACCCCCUAACCCACACACACACGCUGAUGCUGCCGCCCCCGCAGGGGCGAUGGGGGCAGUGGACGACCCCCCA